AGAAAGAGAAGGAAAGAAAACAUUGAUUAAUGAAUAUGUUAUAAUAGAGAGAAGUACUACGGGCUCUACUGCUUCAUCCAUACAUCCAUAGGUCAUUUGAUUUGGGACGGGAAGUUUUAUAAGGUACAAAAAUGUUGGGGCGUUUUGGUAGUAUUGUCCCAAAUGUAUGCAAUAAUGCAUCACAAAUUCAACCCCAACGUGGUAUGGCCACAUUAAAAUCCAUUCAACUUCGAUUGAAAUCAGUAACGAAUAUCCGUAAGAUUACACAAUCCAUGAAGAUGGUGUCAGCCGCUAAGUACAGUCGAGCUGAGAAAGACUUGAGAAAAGCAAGACCUAUUGGUGAAGGAGCCAAACAAUUUUAUGAAAAAGCUGAAAUUGCACCACCAGAAGGUCCACCACAACGUCUUUUGAUUGCUAUGACAUCCGACAGAGGACUUUGCGGUGCUGUUCAUACAAAUGUCGUUAAAAUCAUUCGUAACGACUUAGCUGAAAAUGGUGAAAACACUAAAGUGAUUUGCGUUGGUGACAAAUCACGUGCAAUUUUACAAAGACAAUUUGCGAAAAAUAUUAUUGUUGUGGCAAAUGAAGUUGGACGUAAACCACCAACAUUCCUUGAUGCUUGCAAACUUACAGAUUCAAUUUUAACUUGUGGAUAUGAGUUUAACUCUGGUAAAAUUAUUUACAAUCGUUUUAAAUCUGUUGUAUCAUACAUCACCCAAGAUUUGCCAUUGUACAGUUUGGGAGCAGUUUCAGCUGCACCUAAAUUGGCUGUUUAUGAUUCCAUUGAUGAUGAAGUUUUACAAAGUUACAUGGAAUUCUCAUUGGCUGCAUUAUUAUACUAUGCAUUGAAAGAAGGCGCAUGCAGUGAACAAUCAUCACGUAUGACAGCUAUGGACAAUGCUAGCAAAAAUGCCGGAGAAAUGAUUGAAAAACUUACAUUAACAUUCAAUCGUACUCGACAAGCUGUCAUUACUCGUGAACUUAUUGAAAUUAUCUCUGGUGCUGCGGCUUUGGAAUAAUUUCCUUCAUAGAAAUGAAUAGACAUUCAAGUUUACUUUCGAACCCACGGAUGUCAUGGGAUAACUAUGGAUCUUAGAGUAAUAUUCACUAUCGUAAUAUGUAACUUACAUUUUAUGAAUAAAAUUUGAAAAAAUAAAGAAGAGACAUCUAGGUUUUACAUUGCAUCCGAAAUCACUAGAAUUUACCAUCAUUAUGCUGAAUGAAAACUUUAUAUUUCACUUCUUUAAUUUUUAAUGGUUUUACUUUUAUUAUUUUAAAAAUUUUGUAAAAUAUAAUUAAUUAAUAAUAAUUUACAAUAAUCGUUCAAAAAAUGUAAUAUGUUCAAUGGAGAUUUGUUUGUGCAGAUAUAAUGAAAGAAUUAUUAUAAAAUGAA